GUGAUCCUCCUGCCUCAGCCUCUCAAGUAGCUAGGACUACAGGACCAGAAUAGACAGCAGCAACUGUACGAUUCAGACCAAGCAAUGCGUUCCAGAAACUGCAGCCAUCAGAGACAGGAAAGAACUACUCUUCAUCCAUUCUGACAGCGGAAAAGUAAAGAUUACCCAUCAUGCCUGCUGUGGCUUCAGUUCCUAAAGAACUUUACCUCAGUUCUUCACUAAAAGACCUCAAUAAGAAGACAGAAGUUAAGCCAGAGAAAAUAAGCACUAAGAGUUAUGUACACAGUGCUCUGAAGAUCUUCAAGGCAGCAGAAGAAUGCAGAUUAGACCGUGAUGAGGAAAGGGCUUAUGUACUGUAUAUGAAAUAUGUGACUGUUUAUAACCUUAUCAAAAAGAGACCCGAUUUCAAACAACAGCAGGACUACUUUCAUUCCAUACUUGGACCUGCAAACAUCAAAAAAGCUAUUGAAGAAGCUGAAAGACUCUCUGAAAGCCUUAAACUGAGAUAUGAAGAAGCUGAAGUUCGGAAAAAGCUCGAAGAGAAAGACCGACAGGAGGAAGAGCAGUUCCAGCAGCAGAAGCGGCAGGAAGCGGGCAGAGAGGACGGUAGUACGACAGCUAAAGGUUCUCCGGAGAAUGUGUUGGAUUCCAAAAGCAGUCCCCAAAAGAUCAAUGGUGAAAAGAGUGAAAAAAAAGAAACUUUAGAGAAAGGAGCAGUCACAGCGAAGGAACUGUACACAAUGAUGUCAGAUAAAAACAUCAGUUUGAUGAUAAUGGAUGCCCGAAGAAUGCAGGAUUACCAGGAUUCCUGUAUUGCUGAUUCUCUGUGUGUUCCUGAAGAAGCCAUCAGUCCAGGAGUCACUGCUAGUUGGAUUGAAGCAAACCUCCCAGACGAUUCUAAAGACACAUGGAAGAAGAGGGGGAAUGUGGAUUAUGUGGUGCUUCUUGACUGGUUUAGUUCUGCAAAAGAUUUACAGCUUGGAACAACUCUACGGAGUCUGAAAGAUGCACUUUUCAAGUGGGAGAGUAAAACUGUCCUUCGCAGUGAGCCCUUGGUUUUGGAGGGAGGCUAUGAAAACUGGCUGCUUUGCUAUCCCCAAUACACAACAAAUGCUAAGGUCAUUCCGCCCCCACGAGGCAAGAAUGAAGAGGUGUCUAUCUCAUUGGAUUUCACUUACCCCUCACUGGAAGAAUCAGUGAAGAUUCCUUCCAGGCCUCCUGCUCAGAUGCCACCACUGCCGCCGCCUCUAGAAGCAAAUGAAAACACAGACCUGACGAGUGGCCAGGGGGUGCCGAGUGCAUCGAUGCCCGCUGAACCACUCGCUGCUCCCACAGCUGACGUUUCACCCACAGUUCAGCCAGUGCCUGCUGCAAAGUAUGUUCCGCAGAUUGAUCGUACUAAAAAACCAGCAGUCAGAUUGCCUGAAGAUCAUAGAGUAAAAGCUGAGAGUACAGAUCACGAGCAGCAGUCUCCUCAGAAUGGAAAAGGCGUUCCCGACCGCUCCACCAAGCCAGUGUUUCCCCCUGCGGCUGCGGCGUUAACGGAUGAAGAGAAAGCACAGAUUCUUGCAGAAGCCACUUUGCUUAUAGAGAAAAGCAAGCAAGAAAAAGAACUUCGGGAAAGGCAGCAUGAGGAACAGAAAGAGAAGCUGAGGAGGGACGAACAAGAACAAAAAUCCAGAAAGAAACAAGAAACUGAAGAAAGUGAAAUCCCAGAAAAUCAAAAAGCAAAAGAAAUGAAAAAAGAAAGUGAACAGACCAAGAAGGAAGACAAAGAAACUUCAGCAAAGAGGGGCAAAGAAACAACAGGACUAAAAAGACAGAGUAAAAGUGAACAUGAGACUUCUGACGCCAAGAAGUCUGUGGAAGACAGGGGGAAAAGGUGUCCAACUCCAGAAGUGCAGAGAAAGCCAGUAGGAGAUGCCCCUGCGGGAGACGCAAGUGCGGGCAAGACUCAGCGGGAGCCUUUGACAAGAGCACGGAGUGAAGAGAUGGGUAGGAUCGUCCCGGGACUGCCUUCCGGCUGGGCCAAGUUUCUGGACCCGAUCACUGGAACCUUCCGUUACUAUCAUUCACCCACCAACACUGUCCACAUGUACCCGCCAGAAAUGGCUCCUUCCUCGGCUCCUCCUUCCACCCCUCCGACUCACAAGGCCAAGCCCCAGGUUCCUGCUGAGCGGGACCGGGAGCCAUCCAAGCUGAAGCGCUCUUACUCCUCCCCGGACAUCACCCAGGCUGUGCAGGAGGAGGAGAGGCGGAAGCCCACAGUGACGCCGGCUGUGAAUCGGGAGAACAAGCCAACAUGCUACCCUAAAGCCGAGAUCUCCAGGCUCUCCGCCUCUCAGAUCCGAAACCUCAAUCCUGUCUUUGGAGGGUCCGGACCAGCCCUCACUGGACUUCGGAACUUAGGAAAUACGUGCUACAUGAACUCCAUCCUGCAGUGCCUGUGCAAUGCUCCACAUCUGGCUGAUUAUUUCAAUCGGAACUGUUACCAGGAUGAUAUUAACAGGUCAAAUUUGUUGGGGCAUAAAGGAGAAGUGGCAGAAGAGUUUGGUAUAAUCAUGAAAGCCCUAUGGACAGGUCAGUAUAGGUACAUCAGCCCAAAAGACUUUAAAAUCACCAUCGGGAAGAUCAAUGACCAGUUUGCAGGAUAUAGCCAGCAAGAUUCACAAGAACUGCUCCUCUUCCUCAUGGAUGGUCUCCAUGAAGAUCUCAAUAAAGCCGAUAACCGGAAGAGACAUAAAGAAGAGAACAAUGAUCAUCUCGAUGACUUCAGAGCUGCAGAACGCGCUUGGCAGAAGCACAAGCAGCUCAAUGAGUCCAUCAUUGUCGCCUUGUUCCAGGGUCAGUUCAAGUCCACAGUACAGUGCCUCACCUGUCACAAAAAGUCCAGGACAUUCGAGGCCUUCAUGUAUUUGUCUCUGCCACUAGCGUCCACAAGUAAAUGCACACUACAGGACUGCCUUAGAUUAUUUUCCAAAGAAGAAAAGCUCACAGAUAACAACAGAUUUUACUGCAGUCACUGCAGAGCUCGGCGGGAUUCCCUCAAAAAGAUAGAAAUCUGGAAGUUGCCACCCGUGCUUUUGGUGCAUCUGAAACGUUUUUCCUACGAUGGCAGGUGGAAGCAGAAACUACAGACAUCUGUGGACUUCCCACUAGAAAACCUUGAUUUGUCACAGUAUGUUAUCGGUCCAAAGAACAGUCUGAAGAAGUACAGCUUGUUUUCCGUUUCAAAUCACUACGGCGGGCUGGACGGAGGCCAUUACACUGCUUACUGUAAAAAUGCAGCGAGACAGCGGUGGUUUAAGUUUGAUGAUCACGAAGUUUCUGAUAUCUCUGUCUCUUCUGUGAAGUCGUCAGCAGCGUAUAUUCUCUUUUAUACAUCACUGGGACCACGAGCAGCUGAUGUCGCCACAUAAGGCGAUAUAGGUGACAGCUAGUUAGGUUCUCCAGAGCUCAGCCACACAACCCCUGAACUGCUCCCAAGGUAACAGGUAGCCAGGUGGGCCGUGUAGAGGAUUCCAGGCCCGGGAGCUGUGUUACUAGACUGUCAUUCAGGCCAGCACUGGUACCAGAACUGACGAGAAACAUUAGCAGGCAUCGCGGUAAGCGUCCCUCAGAGGUACCAGUUACUUCAACACAACUUUUUUAGUCUGCUCCAAGGUUAAGAUAAUUUACUAGCAAAGCAUUAUACUACUGGUCAAAGAACCACUGUAACCUUCCUUUUCCCUCUCACUGUUAUGGCCUUUUCCCAUUUCUACCCCAGCUCGAGCCACUGUGAUGCUCUGGACGGCAGAGCAGGUAGGGAGGUGCGCGUGCGUACGUCUGCACACUUGCACACCGGCGCAGUGCCCGUAGUCGUGUGCUCUUUCUGUGAUGCCUACAGCUCAGAGGACGACUGCGUUUUUGUUUGUUUUGGCCUAUCCUGAGUGACUGCAAUGCUUUCUUAGGGAAAUGACAGGGCAAAGCUAUUUUUCUGUUGGCUUUGGGCUGUAUUUAUGCACUAAAUCUUUAUUCUAAAAAAAUAUAUGGAUAACUUUCUUUAAUUUUUUUAAAAAUAAGAAUCUCAUUACUACAUUAAAAUCUUAAUGAGAAAAAUAAUGUAAACCCUGUCAGUCUUCUGUCUUUAAUGGUUUGAUCAGUGUAGGACAGGCAGGAGGGCUUGUGCUGGGUUAGAUUUUAGGCUGCUUGCAUGCACAUUACCUGUGCACCCCACCACUCGGGCUCUGAGUUGAGCUCCGACCCUGUAGAAUCAGAACUCGACUCCACUCUUCUCAGUUGUGGCUCCAGAACCGUGUGCAGCAUUUGUGAUCCUCGAUGCCCAGACUCAGCCUAUCACGAGUCACCCCGGGGCCAGGCAUCGGCCCGUCUGCAGCGUGGGAGACGUGCAGCCCUCCUGUGAAGAGGUGACAGGGGCGUCUCAUCUGGACACUGGCACGUGAGCAUGGCCUUGGGCAGCAUGAGCCCGGAUUGUGAAAGGUGAAGCUGACACCUUGUUCUGGAGCAAGUGGAAAAGGUGUUGGAAUCUCGGCUCAGUGUUUUCAGGUCACUUUCAAAAGCUGACAGCCAUUUGAGCAAAAAAAAAAUUUGUCAGUGCUGAGGCUCAAACCCAGGGCCUUGUACAAGCUACGCAAGCAGUCUACCACGGAGCUAUCCCCAAGCCCAGGGGCAGGUGGUAGCUCUACGAAGUUGCUUUAGAAAACAAUUUGCUGCUGGGUGUGGUGGCACACGCCUGUAAUCCCAGAACUCUAAGGCUGAGGCGGGAGGAUUGCCAUGAGU